GAGCCAAUCAAAUAUAUCAUCACGGCACUGUCGCGUUUUGUUUAUUUGGUUCCUCCGCGUUCUCUUUUCUGCCUUCGCGAUGCCUUCCCCUUCAAACGUUGCCGAAUGCCUCGCAGGCACUUUAGACACAAAUCCUAAUGUCAGAAUGGCUGCAGAACUGAAACUAGCGGAGUUUAUGGCAAUUCCAGAGACCGGUCUCGCCUUAUCGCAACUUGUAUCCGCUCAGGACGCAAACAUAAACCUGCGGCAGUCUGCGAGCAUUGUCUUACGAAAAUUUGUUCGAGAACGAUGGUCGCCUUACUUUCAAUCAUUCAAAGGAUCUGCGCCUUCAACAGAGAUCAAGAAUCAAAUCCGACAAGCAGUUUUCCAUGGAUUGUCAGACCCCGCUCGAAAGAUACGAUCUCUCUCUGCGCAUACCCUUUCCUCUAUCGCGAACUGCGACUGGCCGGACGAGUAUCCAGAUCUCCUCACAUCGCUCAUCAGUCUCCUUUCUUCCAACUCUCCGGAAUCAGUGCAUGGAGCUAUGCAAGUUUUUACCGAAUUCAUCAAGUCCGAUUUAACGGAGGAUCAGAUUCUCCCUGUCCUUCGUGACCUCCUACCUGUCCUUCUAUCCAUUCUUGGAUCCACCGAGACACAGACACCUCUUACUCGCUCAAGAACGGUAUCUGUCUUCCGACAAUGCGUGAUUUCACUGUUUAUGGUCAAAGAACAACAUCCUCAGCCGGUUAAGGAAGCCAUAUCCACUGUUCUCCCUGUUUGGCUGGAAGCUUUCAAAGUCUUACUCAAUAUGGAUCCCUCGAAAGACGUUGCUGAAGGCAGUAACUGGGAAGGCCUGGCAGUCAGGAUACAGAUUUUCAAAGCUCUAGACACUAUUCACACUUCGUUCCCUCGGUCUAUUGCUCCUUACCUACCGGAACUCGUGCCCGCCUCUCUCGUUCAUCUCAACACUCUAUACACAACAUUUGACCGAUAUUAUUUAGCUUCGACUGAGAGUGUGCCUUCCUCUUCUGAGGAUGAGACUAUCGAGCUCCCUCAACUCAUCACUUCUAUCAUGGACUUCGUAAGCUCUGUUGUUCGUGCUGGUAGAGUUAAGGAAUGGUUUACUGGCGACAAUGCUGUUUCUUUAAUCUCCGCAAUCUUCAGCUAUAUUCAAAUGACUGACGAUGACGAAGAAAACUGGGCGAACAACGCGAACGCUUUUGUCGCUCAAGAAGACGACGACUUGGCGCCUUAUAGUGUCCGUGUUGCAGGAUUAGAUUUGCUCACAUGCCUGCUUGACAGAACCCCUGCCCAGACGACGGCAACUUGCCACAAUGUUAUCCAGAAAGUUGUUCUUACCUCUGACCAGACUCGCACCUCCGGAAAAAAAGAUUGGUGGAGGCCCCUAGAGGCUGCUUUGACUGCUGUUGGUUCACAAGCCGAGACCAUUCAAGAAUGCAUUGAUGAUGAACAGGAAUCUGGUCGAAAUAGACCCAUUGAUAUCGAAUCGUUACUCACCAAUGUGAUCCCUACAAUUCUUGGUCAAUCUAAAUUCCCUUUCCUGCAGGGAAGAGGAUUUGUAUUCGCAAGCCAGUACGCCAAAUUACUUCCGGUGCAACUCGCGGGCCAAUAUCUUGACGCCGCAAUACAUGUGAUCGAGGCAAAUGAUGCCAGUAUUCCUAUCAAGGUGUCCGCUGUGAAAGCUGUUCAAAAUUUCUGUGUCGGCUCAGAUGACAAUGCCCUUUCGCCGUUCAUUCCACGAAUAGCUAAAGACCUUGGACCUUUUCUUGCAGUCACUUCUGAGGACACAUUAUCACUCGUUUUGGAGACUCUAUCCGUCGUGCUCGAGGUCGACAAAGGCAAAUGGAUGACACAAGAGCUGGCUAACUCGCUCGUGGUUGCAGUCAUUGAUGUCUGGACGAAAAACAACAAAGAUCCUAUUUUCCUGUCCAUUUUCCCAGACAUCAUAAACUCCCUUGCAGCGUCGGAUGUUCCAGGCAUUUACGCAACUGUAGUCAAACAGGCUUUACCGCUUCUGUGUAAUUCAAUUUCCGUGGCGACCGCCGACCAAUCUUAUGUUGCUGGUUCGGCUAUUGAACUUGUCAGCAGCUUGGUCAAAGCUUCAACCAACGGCUUGGGUGAAGGUUUUUUCCCCCAUUUGGCACCGAGUCUCUUCAAAUGUUUGAGUGAUGUCGAGGAUAGAGAUGUGCUCCAGAACGGUAUCACUUGCUUGACUUUGAUUGUCCGCAAGGACUGUGGUCAAUUGUUAGCGUGGAGAGAUGCAUCGGGCCAGAGUGGACUUGAGCAUGUUUUACGAUUGGUUGCCAGGAUCUUACAGGCUGAGGACGAGUCUGCGGGACUGACAAUCGGAGAGCUCAUCAUACACCUUCUCCGCCGGGCUGGAGAGUCGGUCCUUCCCGUCUUGCCGGAGCUUCUGCACGCUAUGGUCACACGUAUGUUGACCGCAAAGACUGCCACAUUUGUGCAGAGUCUUGUGGUACCUUUUGCAUUCUUGAUAAAUAACCAACGUGAUACGGUACUUGCAUUGCUUGAAGAGAUGAACAUCCAAGGCCGUACUGGGCUUGAUGUGCUCAUUCAAACAUGGUGUGAAAAUGCAGAGACCUUUCAAGGGUUCUGGCCAUCACGUAGUAGUACUAUGGCAUUGACGGCCCUCUUUGCAUCCGAAAGGCCUAGCUUACAAGCUUUGAUGGUCAAGGGGGAUAUCAUUCUCAAGUCAGAAACCACAAAUGUCAUUAUGACACGCUCACGAACUAGGACCACUCCGAUUGAAUUCACCUCUGUCUCAUUCCCUGUCAAAGCCAUCAAAAUCCUACUCCAUGAGGUCCAAUCUGGGGGAGAGCCCGCUACGAUGGGUAACACGCAAGACUUUGCUGACGAUGUAGAUUCUGAUGAUGGUGAUGAUAAUUGGGCCGAUGCCGGAGACGUCACAAAGGAUAGCGAAUUCGAGUUCCUGUCCGAACUCAUUGGACCCAAGGGGAUGGCUUUCGAUAAUGACGAUAUCCUAGAUGAUAGUGAUGAUGAAGACUUGAAAGGUGAUCCCAUCUCACAGAUAGAUAUGCAGGGGCAUCUCGUAUCUUUCCUUCGGGAAUGCGCCGCUCGCAAUACAAACCAUUUCUCGAGCGUAGUGGAUCAAUUAUCUGCCGAGGAAACAUUAGUAGUGCGCCGGAUCGUGGAACAUUCUUGAAAGUCCACUGUACAUUAUUUCCCUACGACGAUUCAGAUUAUGCUUGAAAAUACUACAC